AUGAAUUCUCUCGUUUCUACCUUACCCGGUGGCGAGUCUUACUUCCCUUCGGCGGAGAAGACGAACGACGGUGCAGUGCUUCCGUCUGACGAGGUCAGCAUUCCCCCACCUGAUCAAUUACCACUGGACGCAUUGGGGGACAUAGAUGUCUCCAAAGGUGAAAGCACUGCUGGUGACACCGAUGGUGCUGACUUUCAGUUGACCAAAAAGAAAGUGGACGAAAGAAACCUCUUCAGGCAAGAAGACAUGGAAUCUCAGCAGUCUCAAAAGGACAAAGUAGCCCAGCCAGCGGCUAAGUCUGUCGAAUUUGGUUUGGAAGACUCCCCAGAAACCAAGUUUGUCACAAAUGUGGAUACCCUUGAACGCCGAAUAAAGUCUAGAAUGCCUUUGAAUUGGUCACAGGGGGAAUUUUACACAAUAAUUCCCGCUAGCCGCGAUAGGAUUCGCUUUUCUAAGGCUCGUCAAGAGUCUCGAAUGGAAUUUUUCCCGGCGAAGUUCAUCGGUUAUUUGCAAGACGCGGGCUCGAAACUCACCACAGCAAAGAUGGUAUACACUGUUGAGAGUCGCCAUGGUACCCCAAGAAACUAG